AUAUUGAAGUGGUUUAUUUUUCAUACUUAUGAAUUUGUAUAUAAUCUUUGUCAUAAAUUAUGAGUAAUUUAUUAUUGUUGAUGUAAUUAACUGGUAACAUGAAGACAUGUGUAAUAGUCAGUCAGAUUGUGCUCUUUGUUUGUUUGGUCUGUGUGUCUGGUAAAAGAGGGAGACCGAGACGCCGAUGCUUUCUACCUAAAGAAAUUGGAGUGUGUCGUGCACGCAAAACACGAUAUUAUUUUAACCAGGAGACAGGAAGUUGUGAAGAAUUUAUCUAUGGUGGUUGCCGUGGAAACAGAAAUAAUUUCUUUUCAUUAGAACGUUGCAGAAGAGCAUGUGAACAAGGAUACAACCAAGAAUUUCAUAACAGAGGACAUGGAUUGGAUGGUCAAGAUGGAGAAGACGGACAAGACGGGUUGUCCUUCAGAGGUUCAGGCGGAAGAGGUGGUAGACGAGGCCAGGGAGGAAGAGGUGGUAGACGAGGUCAGGGAGGUAGAGGAGGUUCUACAGGAAGACCAGGGAAUUCAAACAACGCACCACUGAAUGGUGUCCUUGAAGAUAAUGGAGGAAUUGGCGGUGGUGGUAAUGGUGGUAGUGGUGGUAAUGGUGGCCGAGGAGGUAAUGGAGGUACUUGGAAUGGGGGAAAUGGCGGCAAUGGAGGACAUGGCGGUAAUGGUGGCAAUGGUGGUAAUGGUGGCGUUCCGGAUGGCGACAAUGACGGUGUUCGGAAUGGAAGUAAUGGUGGCAGUGGAGGUAAUGGUGGCAAUGGGGGUAAUGGAGGUACUUGGACUGGAGGUAAUGGUGACGACGGCGAGCGAAAUGGUGGCGAUGGAGGCGAGCGUUAUGGUGGCAAUGGUGGUCGGCGUAAUGGUGGCGGAGGAGGUGGGCGUUAUGGUGUCGGAGGCGGCGGGCGUAAUGGCGGUACUUGGAAUGGAGGUAAUGGUGGUCAUGGUGGUAACGGAGGACGUGGUGGUAAUGGAGGACACGGUGGUAAUGGUGGUAAUUGGAAUGAAGGUAAUGGUGGUCAUGGAGGACAUGGUGGUAAUGGCGGACACGGUGGUAAUGGUGGUAAUUGGAAUGACGGUAAUGGUGUUCAUGGAGGCCAUGGUGGUAACGGAGGACACGGUGGUAAUGGUGGUAAUUGGAAUAAAGGUUAUGGUGGUCAUGGAGGACAUGGUGGUAAUGGAGGACACGGUGGUUAUUAAGGGUGGUAAUUGGAAUGACAUGCGCGAUAGUGGCCGUUUUAUCCGUAUUUGAUGGCUGAUAAGGCGGAUAUUGUGGACAUAGUGUAACUGACAAAUAAACUAUGAAAUAUUGACUUACUUUAAUCAUUGUUCAUUUUAUGGAAUAUUAUAGCGUUUAUAGCUUCA